AUGUAUAUUGCAUUGAGUGAAGCGCUACCACCAGUAAAAGAUUGCAUUUGCACGCUAGAAAUUCAAAACAAACUUGGUUUUGGUCAGAUUCUGGAUUAUAAAUGUGGUAAGAUCGUAAAUUCAAGACCUCACGGCUUUUUAAAAUUUAAUGAGAAAUUUAGAACUCGAUUCAUUAGUGUGGUCUCUAACACUUGGAUUUGUUGGUUGAGUAAAGGACCGAAAUCAGAUUCUUAUGGUUAUGAAUUGAAAAUAAACUUACCAGCUCUGAAACCGCCAUGUAAUAAUGAGUUGCACAAAUGGAUUGCUAAAAAUGAUGGAAUUUACUUUGAGAGAGAUGGAAAAAACCCUAAACUUGUGGAAAUUCAAAACAAACUCGGUUUUGGUCAGAUUCUGGCUUAUAAAUGUGGUAAAAUCGUAAAUUCAAGACCUCACGGCUUUUUAAAAUUUAAUGAGAAAUUUAGAACUGGAUUCAUUAGUAAAGGUGUGGUCUCUAACACUUGGAUUUGUGGGUUGAGUAAAGGACCGAAAACAGAUUCUUAUGCUUAUGAAUUGAAAAUAAACUUACCAGCUCUGAAACCGCCAUGUAAUAAUGAGUUGCACAAAUGGAUUGCUAAAAAUGAUGGAAUUUACUUUGAGAGAGAUGCAAAAAACCCUAAACUUGUGGACCCAAGAAACCCUAGUUCGCAGUUCUUUCCUUUUUCCCGGCGAAACCCUAGCACCGUGGGAACCCUAAUACACGAUCCUUUUCCCGACCAGCCGCUUGUUCGAAGAUCUCAGUUCCUGGAAUCUGAUCAACAAAAUCCCGACCACGAGAAGUUCCUAGACAAUCUCAUCCGAUUCGCGAUCUGA